GGCGACCCAAAAACAUAAAUCGUGGAUGAAAACUGCAGUCUAAAAUCACUGUCACCUGGCGAAUUGGGUCUCACCGAUGACCCAUGCCCUUUUUAACGAAAGCUAAGAGGGUGGACCUGCUCUUAAGGUUUCUCAGAGUAGAGAUAAGGAGAACCCGAUGGACGUGAGCCAAUUCGACGGAAGCGCCGCCUUCCACGGCGGUGGCUUCAUGCCCCCCGCCGCCAACCCAACCCCCGAUUACUCUUUUUUUAAGAAUCGUGACGCCCAAACACAUACACUGCUUCCGGUAACCCUGAAGCAGUUCAGCGACGCGAUUGCCGGCGAAAAUGGUAAAAUGGAGUUCUCCAUCGACGGCGUCGUUGUCUCCACCGUUAAGCUUGUGGGAAUCGUGCACGAGUUUGUCGAAAAAUUAACAGAUGCUACUUUCAUUCUUGAUGAUGGGACCGGACGGGUCGAAUGCAACAGAUGGUCUAAUGAGCAAGUAGACACUGCCGAAAUUGAAGCAAUCUCGAACGGAAUGUAUGUUCGGGUUCAUGGGCGCUUGAGAACCUUUCAGGGGCAGAAGACCAUAAAUGUCUUCUCUGUUAGGCCAGUGGAUGACUAUAAUGAGAUUGCAAGUCACUUUAUCGAGUGUAUAUACGUCCAUUUAUGCAACAGCAAGUUACCGAAACCACAGGUUGGUGUGGGUCUCGCAACUCAGUCAUAUAUGACAAAUCCACAAAAUCAGGUUGGUGUUGGUGUCACAACACAGUCAUAUAUGACAAUUCCACCAAAUCAGGUAUUUGGACAAUAUAGGCAUGAUGGACAGAGGAUCAUUGCAGAAAGGGUCUUUCAAGUUUUAAACCAUCCUCGAUAUCUGGUGAAGAAAAGAGCCCCCGGAUCAGAUUGUAUACUUCUUUAUUCUCUAUUAUUCUAUUAAACUAAGCGAGAUGUUUGUUCUGUAUGAUUUUCCUCAAGAACCCAUCAUAUGUUGAUGAUUGGUAAAUCUGUAGUACUUGUAAUAAGAUCAUAUGUCAAUUACACUUCCUUCCAUGGUUUGGAGGUUGCGUAGACAUUUGACAAGAUUUUGGUAAUAUUUGUUCUCUGCUAAAAAAAGAUGUUCAUGUAUCAUUU